UUGUCAACUGUUAACCCAUGGGUAAGGCAAGCAAAUGGAUCAGAAACUUCUUGAUGGGGAAAAGAGAAGACGGGGCCAAGAAAACAGGCCCUUCACUACCACCAGAGACUAGCACGUCGGGCACGUUGGCCGUGACUUCACCGUUGAAUACUCCUAAAGUAAGGAGGAGAUGGAGUUUUAGAAGAUCGACCAGCACGAAAGUGGUCACUUCUCAUCAAAGUAGUAGAUCUCUUGACUUAAUCCUUACACCAAAUCAAACCUUACUGGAAUACCAGACUGAUCGGCAAAACUACACAACUUCUUUAAGUGCACAUGCAGCUGCUACCAAAAUCCAAGCAGUCUAUCGUUCUUAUUUGGCAAAGAAAGCGUUGCGUGCUCUGAGAGGGUUAGUCAAACUGCAAGCCUUGGCUAGGGGUCAUUUGGUAAGAAAAAGAAUGAAUAUUGUUUUAAGGUCGAUGCAGGCCGUCUUGGCGAUUCAAGUUAGAGCCCGGAUUCAAAGGAUCCAAAUGGCAGAGGAACCACCAGUUAUGGUGGGAAGAAGAAAGUCUUACAGGGAAUCAUCAGCUUCUGAUACACAACUACGAAAGGAAAUUAGUGUUGCUACUGGGAAUAGGUUUUCAACCUGUGGAGGUUCAAGGAACAGAAGUGGAAACGCAGAUCGCUCACCAUAUGAGAGAGUGGAAUAUGGUUCAAGAAUAUACAAUUCAGGUCAUUUUUCAGUCUCGCAUAGAGAAUACCAACUACACAUGUGCCCCAGUCCAUCAACAUUGUCCUUCACUGAUUCGAGCUCUACAACCUACGAUGGGCAACUGGAGGAAUUUUCAUUAGAAAUGGCAAGAAGAAAUUCCAGAAAGUACUCUGCUUGCCCGGAAAACAAGCAUCCCUUCAUCCAUUUACUAGCACAGCGCCCGGACCACACAACCUCGGACUCCCAUUUCACGCCGAAUUACAUGAUCAAUACGAAAUCAUCAAGAGCAAAAGCCAGAUCACAUAGCGAACCAAGACAGCGACCUAAAGAGGACACCAAGCAGAAAAACAGACGAUCAUCGUCAAUGGAUGAAAACAAUGAGAAUCCUUAUCUAGUGAAGCUGUAUCGUUCCGGCAAGUCCACUAUUGAUGGAAACCAUGAUUCCAAUAUCAGAAGUUCAUUAAUCCCAUUUGAGGUAAGUUUUGGGACUACCCCUUGUCACUUGCUUUACUUGCAUGAGUUCAUCACAACUUAGCUUUGGCUUCAUUCAUGCAACUGCAGCCUCCCAUAAAUUUGUAUUGAUUCUUCAUGAGCCACCUGGACAAAGAUCAGCAGAAACUCAGACAUGUAAGUCAGCAACCGGCCGGAUGAUGAUGCCUCUGUUGUGAAUCAAUACAGCUCUAUUUAGUUGUUCUUUGCUAUCACAUCCACCAGCGGAGGCCUCAGAUGCUGCUGAUAACAGUGAGGAUGAGGGGACCUCACCACCAGAUCAGAUCAGGCGUUUUCUUGUUUCUUUUUAGUUAAUUAUCAUUGCUCCAUUGCUGCAUUUAUCUUUUCAUUUAAAUAAUUUCAGAACUAUUGAAGAGUUAUGA